AUGUCCACUCAAGGACUAUCCCUGAUUUUUUCUCUGUUGGUUAUCUGCUUCUUCAGGGGGAGCUUCUGCAUUUGUGAUGGCACUACCUGGACAAAGGUUGGAUGGGAGAUUUUUCCAGAAGAAAUGCAUUAUCUGAAAGUUAAGCCUCCUCCAUCCCACUGUUUACCUUACCCUCUGGACAAACUAUGCUGCAGUUUUGCUAAUACGGACAUAUUUCAGGGUUGUUUACAUCUUACUUAUAUUUUAGCACAAGCUCUACUUUUAAUCUUGUUUGUUUUGUCUGCACAUUACCUGUGGAUGAAAUGGAAGAAACACAAAAAAAAGCUGAAGAAACAAGCCUCCUUAGACACAUCUGGUAAUGAUAUAGAAAACCAGUCCGUUUACGACAUUGACCAAAUACUCUUCAAACUGGUGGCCACAACAUCAAUGAUGACCAAGUACCUGAAUCAGGUGUCCCACCACCCUCCAGCUAAGAAGGUCAAGCACCGAAAACUAAAGAGGAAGAAGAGUGAAGGAGGAGAAGGACUCAGGAGAUACUAG